UUGUUUACGAUUGUGUUCAUUAAUAAAACUUUCCUUGUGUGGACUAUAAAAAGUUAUUUUUGCACAUGAAAUGAUAAAGACAAACAAAUAGGUAAUGAGUGAAAAACUAAAAGAACUUCGUGAGAGAUCACAGAAGCGAAAGAAACUGCUUGCACAAACGCUUGGUGUAUCCAGUGUGAGUGAACUGAGACAUGCAUUGGGCGCAAGUUUAGACGUAUUGCCGAAGAAACAGGCGGUAUCCGGUUUCAGUGCUGAUGGAAAUGAGAAACCGAGUCCCAAGGAACAGGACAGUUUGGUGUAUACUGAUUCGUCUACGUUCUUAAAGGGAACACAAUCGUCAAACCCUCACAAUGACUACUGCCAGCACUUUGUGGACACUGGACAAAGGCCACAAAACUUCAUACGAGACGUGGGUCUUGCGGACAGGUUUGAGGAGUACCCUAAACUGCGGGAGCUGAUCAAGUUGAAGGAUGAGCUGAUCGCUCGUACUGCCGCACCGCCCAUGUAUCUUAAGUGUGAUCUCAAGACAUUUGAUCUCAAGACGAUGGGUGUGAAGUUUGACGUGAUUCUCGUGGAGCCGCCGCUCGGUGCAGGCUGGAGGUGGAAGGAUGUACUGGAUCUGGAGCUGCAUCACAUUGCGCAGCCAAGGUCGUUUGUGUUCCUGUGGUGUGGGAGCUCGGAAGGUUUAGACAUGGGGCGUGAAUGUUUAAAGAAGUGGGGCUUCAGACGGUGUGAAGAUAUCUGCUGGAUCAAAACAAACAUAAAAAAUCCAGGCCAUUCUAAGAAUUUAGAACACAAUGCAGUGUUUCAAAGAACUAAAGAGCAUUGUUUGAUGGGAAUAAAGGGAACAGUGCGGAGGUCAGUAGACGGUGACUUCAUUCAUGCAAAUGUAGAUAUUGACUUGAUCAUCUCAGAGGACCCAGAGUUUGGAAGCACAGAGAAGCCAAUUGAAAUAUUUCACAUUAUGGAACACUUCUGCUUGGGGAGGAGACGAGUGCACCUAUUCGGCCGCGACUCGACGAUCCGUCCGGGCUGGGUGACCAUGGGCCACGAGCUGACCAACUCGAACUUCAACGCGGAGCUGUACGCGGGCAACUUCGCGGAGGGGCGCGAGACCACGGGCUGCACCGAGCGCAUCGAGGCGCUGCGCCCCAAGAGCCCGCCCGCGGGCGGCAAGGGCGCGCGCCCCAGACCUAGGGCUGCGUUUAGGGCGCGGCCGCGGCUGCCCCGGUAGGAUAACAGCGCCCUCGCACACGUUUGGCGCCCUAGAUGCCUCCUAACUGCGUUCCUGUUGCAUACAUUUGGCGCCCUAGAUGAACACAUUUGGCGCCCUAGAUGCAUACAUUUGGCGCCCUAGGUGCAGCAUUUGGCGCCCUAGCUGCAGUCACAGUAUUCAAAUGCAGCUACGCCUGACGCCCUAGACGCAACGACCGGUAGCACUAGCUACAUUGACAUCUGGCACCAUAGCUGCGCUGUCGUCCCGUCUAUAGCUCCACACAAGCUCUGCGGCAUACAUUGCUGUUUACCCUCACCUCACCUUCUGAAGCACGGACAACAUCAACACUAUCACACAUACACAUCUAUAAUGUUCUAAGAAAACACUGACAAUGUAACAAAUGAUGUAAAAAGUUACAUAAUGCAGAUGUAAAAAUUGGCAAUCACUACGAGUUGAAAAUGGAAAAAUAUGAUGGCGCCGAUGUCUAUAACAUCCCAUAAAUAUUGUUACUCGUGAUAUCGUAAUACAUGAAGUUUUAUAAAAUUAAUUGAAUUGUAUUCCAUAUCGUUAAUUUUAAGCAAAAAUUAAUAUUAAAAUAUUGUUUUUCAAUUGAACCAAUAUAUUAUCUAUGUGCAAAUUGUUCGGAUGUUACGUUGUAUAUGUAAGGUUACUGCAAUUUACAUAAUGUACUGAUAUAAUGAUAAUGAAAUAAAUUACUUUGAUUUUA